UUCGACAGAGACUUCUUAUUGGUGUUGUUAACAUGUCGCAAGGUCACACCCACCGCCACCACCUUGUUUUCGACAAAUUUCGUCGCCAUGCCAUAACUUCGCCAUUUUUCGUCCGAUUUUCAUCAACCUUCGACAGACUUCUUUUUGGUGUUAUCGACAUGUCGCAAGGUCACACCCGCCGCCACCACCUUGUUUUCGAUAAAGAUCGUCGCCACGUCAUAAUUAAAAAAUAAUAAUUCGAGGGAACGAAAUGUGAGUGUUGACAAUUUUUGUACGGUUUGUUUCUGGGUUACAGUUUGUGCGACACGCACUGGUGCCAAAGGUACCAGGGUUUUUGAAAAGUAAGUUUUUUAGUCGUCGGACCAAUUGUCGCAACCUUGUAAUUAUUACUAAAGUUGUCAAGCAACCUUGCUCUAAUUCAGAAUAUUAUUAAAAUGGUUAGCAUUAAGGUACCACAAGAGAGUUGGCAAGGAAUUAUACCACUCACUUUGAUUGUAAUUUUCUCAGAAAUUAUAGUAGGUAGAAAUUUGGUUCAAAUACAAAUUUUGUAAAAAAUAUACUACUCUAAAUUUUGCUAAAUGUCCCCUUUUGCUGUUACUUAUACUUACGUAUUUAUAGCCAAAAUAGUCGAACAUGAUGAAUUUUUUUUAAAACGUCCUAGUGUCCAAACCAUACGGAGCACAAAUGUGGAAUGACUCCCACAUCGUGCGAAAUAGUUUUAGAUAGGGAGCAUAAUGGGUCUCAUUUCCAUAUUGUCUUCCAUACUUUUCGAAAUAGCAUUUCUAUACUUGCCCCUCCCUAUUAUUUUAUGUUUCUGAGGUCAAAAAUGGUUCACAUCUCAUUACCUCACACAAAUGAGCCCACAAACCGAUUAUACACCCUGCGGAAAUAUAUAGUGACUCCAAAUAACAACCAUUAUGACCUCAAAGUCCUCCCCCUCCAUCUCGGGGAGCUCUUAAAAAUACCCCAAUGCCCUUGUUUCUAUGCGGAGCUGAACUUCAUGUCUUGACUCAUGUUCUCUAAAAAAUCAUGUUGCUAAGUCCAUAAAAAACUGAAAUAUUCAACCUCUUGUGGUACCUCUUGUGGUACCCUUUCACUUAAUUAAAUUCUGUUAUAUCCCAAAAUUGUACAACAAAAUCAUAUCAAUAUGGAAAACAUUCUCGCCCAAGAACUAGAACUUCAACACAAACUUCACAAGCUAGAGGUACGCCAUCAAAAGUUGAAAAGUCAGAGUAAAUAUUUGGACCUGACAAAAAUCUCGACCCCAGAGAACAUUGCAGCCAUUGCAAAAUCCAGGCGAGAAAUGGCAAUGACAAGAAAUGCGGAACUCCUUAGCGAUCUGAAUAUUGCAUCUAGUAAGCUUCAUACGAAAAAUAUGUGUCCAUUGGAGUCAAAACUGGAUAAAAUGAAGCAAAAGUUUUUACAAGAAUGCGAUUAUAACAGAAAAUUGAAAACCGAUCCUGAUUUUGUAUAAAAUUGUAUAUUUUAUUUAGUUCUCCGUUGGUCAGUUUUACGUCAGUCAGAGAAAGCAUGAUUUCAUUAACUAAGUAUUUUACAAAAAUAAGUCUAAUAGAUAUUAAAUAUAAUCCUAGUAUAUAUUUUUAGUCAGUGCAGCUAAUCACUAUCUUCACUCAUCGACUCAGUUGUAGCACUCCCAUCUACGUCAGAUUCUUCAUGCAUACCUUCAUCGUCAUCAGGUAGUAAUUCAGGAAAUAGAUAACUACCAGCGCCAACAUUGUAGGUCAAUCUGUACAAUAUGAAAUGGUUUAAUUUAAUAAAAUAUUAUUAAAACUUU